UCUUUAUAGUGUUUGUCUGCUACCGGGAUUGAAAUACAAGGUUGGAAUUGUGCGCGAAUUUGUUUUGGCUUCUCAUGGUUUCCAUUUCCGUUAUCCAUUUUCACAUUUGAAGUUCACGGGAAAAAAUGAGCUCAGACUUGGAAUUACCGGCCGAGUUGAUGAGUCGCCCAUUGGCAUUAGUGGGGCUGACGGGACUGCAUGUUGAAACGAAUCAAACUCACCUGCUAAUUUGGAAUUCUUUCACGUCAUCCAAUCGAAACGAGCGGCCUCCCCUCAAUUUCAUUCUUUUUGGAGUCAAUCACACAUUCCCCGUGGCAAAACCUGAUAGAACGUCAUAUGAAUGGUACAUUCCGAAAGGCAUCCUCAAGAGAAAAUGGAUGUCAAAACACCUAAACCAAAUUCCUGGAGUCUUGGUCCUCUUCUAUGACUUAGAAUGGGAUGAUCCCGCAUGGAAAGCAAAGCAUGCAGAAUGUGCCCACCUCAUCCAGACAAUACGAAUGAAGCUUAUGGGAAGGGGCACUAAACUAUGUCUAGUCCUCCUACAAAAUAGUCCCCCAUUACCAUCCAGUGAAGAUAUAUUGGCAGCAGAUAGGGCUGCAGCCCUGUGCCAAGUGUGUGAGUUGCCACCAAAAUCACUCUUUGUCCUCCCUUGUCGCAGUGAUCAUCUGCAAGGAUACAUUCUGAGAUUGGAGAGUGCAUUUUAUGAGCUUUGCCAAAGUAGUUACCAUUUGUCUUCCCGGGCCGUUCGCUCCCAUCGCGACCAGUUAAAUCGUACCAAUCAUGGCUACCUGUUUGUCCGGCAUCAGUUUAAAAUCGGAUUUUAUCAUGAGCUUAAGCAGGAUGUUGCAAUGGCGCACAAGCACUACAGUCAGUCAUAUGCACACCUGCUCGAACUGCGCAUCACCGAUGCCAAUGUUACUGAAGUAAAGAUUGUUUCCGGCUACAUUGGCUAUAAAGUUUGGCGGUUGUCGUUCUUGCUGAAUCUACCCCGCGAAGCCAUUGCCCAUUUCCGAAGCCACAUGGACUUUUUCCGCCUGCGGGUCGGCAAUCCUUUGAGUAAAUUUGAACAUCACGCUUGGCUGGCUGUGCAAUUUUCGACAUUUGGCCGAUUGUUUGAAGAUGCGAUUGAGUUAGGAUUACCUGCAAUUCAGACUCAGCAUCCUGGUUUCUUCUAUCAACAGGCAGCACAGCAAGCCAUUCAAAGGAAAAAGGCCUGCUAUCAAGAUUAUGCUGCCCUCGAUCAGACUGCCAUUCAAACUCCGUUACCUUUCGAUGAAUCGUCACAGCUCGAAUUUUACGGUCAGAGGCCAUGGCGACCGAAUCGCUUAAGUCUUGAACCCUCCGAUAUGAAAGCGGAAAAUGACGGGAUCACUGCGUUACUAGUCCGUGAACGCCUUCAAGUUGAUCUCACGGCAAUGAUCGUUGGAGCUCUUACGAACGCAGUAAACCAGUUUAAGAAUCACCGUUCUCCUAGGAUGAAACAAUAUCUUUUGGUCCAAAUGGCGGAGGAAUAUUGCCGUUCUGAAAAUUAUGCGGAAGCCUUGACUCUACUUGAGCCUUUGCUUUGGGAUUACCGCAAAGAUUUCUGGUGGAUGCCACUGACGUCCUUGCUCCAACUCGGUUUACGGUGUGCCUACCUUUCUGGCCGACCGGCCGAGUAUUUCACCUAUGCCGUAGAACUCUGUUCUCGAGUUACCGUCAAAAGUCAAGAAGAAAAGGCGCAAAUUUUCGACAAUUUUGUUGGAAUCCUUCAGAAAAAAAUGCCGCCAUCGCCGCUUGAUUCUGGUGAAAAUCCGGCUGCCACUCAGCUAUGGGCCGAUCAGUUCGCAAAUUUUGCUAAAGGCGCCUCCAUUACCACGAUUGUUACCAACACGAUUUCAUCGUUUGUCGAAGUCAAGGCAACAUUCACGCAAAAACAAUUUGCGGCCGAAGAUGCAGUCGAGCUUGAAGUUCACGUCAUUUAUACGGGGCCCAUACCGAUUAAAUUCAGCAGUUUGCAUGUGGCUCUGAAUAACAGUGCUUAUUUACCGUUUUGCCAAGUGGCAAAUUCAGAUGAAUUGGAGUUUGAACCAAACCAGAUUCGCCAUUACGAGUUUGAAUUCGUUGCCCAGCCUCAAGAUAUCGGAGCAGAACUGCAGAUCGUUUCAGUCACUUUUGAAAUGAGUCAUGAACUGGUAGCUUACUUACGCUGUGAGGGAUCAUCCAGUGAAGAAUUUGGCUCUUUCCGCUCCGAAUUUCCUUCGGCUAUCGAUAAAGGCCUGGCAGGCAUAUUCGUGUUGAACACAACCGAAAUAUUGCCGAGGACUGCAAAUGUCGAGCUAAUUUUGCAUCACGAGGCGCCAGCUCUUCGUGGCGAAUGCUAUCCAAUUCAUCUUGAAUUAUUCAAUCGCGAAACUGAAGAUAUUGUCAACGUCACUCUGACCGUAACGACGAGCAGCAGCAUUGGAAGAGUUCACGAUCAGCCCAAGAUCGACGGCAAUGUGUCCGUUCAGCUGAAGAACGAGAAACUUGUGGCAGGGCAGAUGUGCCAGUGGAACGUCUUUGCUCAGAUGGAACAACCGGGAAAGCAUAGCAUUACGUUCCAGGUGAAUUACGAAAUCAAUAGUGAUAGCUGCACGUACAAGAGCCAAUAUGUCAAGACAUUAGAAUUAGAAACGGUACAACCUGUUGAAUGCGAGGCUCAGUUUCAGACGCUGCAGUUCCAGCCAUUGAGGCAGAUUCCUGUAGGAGAACAGUGUGUCGCCGUGAUGACAGUAACUAAUCUGUCACCCUUUCCGUUGCAAUUGGAACAAGGCGUUUGGAAAUUGGACGCAUUGCUGACCAAUCAUCCGAUGGGCAAUAGUCAACUCGCUGGAUUGAUACUUCAGAAAGGCGAAAAGGCAAAUGAUGUAGCCGUUCUCUCAUUUUCUAAUGGUGACAAUCGCCAGAUCAGAACAGGAUCCUACACAUUAAAAUGGAAAAGGUCAAAUCACUCGAAAGCAGAGGGAUAUAAAAUUCCAUAUUCGGCCAGUUCCUUUGAUUUGCCCGAAAUGGAAACUUGGUCUGUGCCCUUACGUAUACACGUCACGUUACCUGCUCACGGGUACGUACGAGAAUCGAUGAAUAUGGCCAUCGUCAUCCAUAACCCAGGACCGAGCUACAUCGAACUAGACGUCUACAUGAGUUCUAAUGACGCCUUCAUGUUCGCCGGAAACAAACAGAUCAAAAUUCAGAUCUACCCCGAGGAUGAUUACGAACUAAAGUACAACUUGUACCCGCUCUUGUCUGGUUUUGUUGCAUUACCUCCACUGCAAUUAAAAACCCCAACUUCAACGAUCGAUCCGGUAACGGCGAUGGAUCAGAGUGUCCUGGAUGAGCUGGUCAGCCGUUAUGUUCCCACCCACAUCUACGUUUUGCCACAAGCCAAGGAGAAGGGCAAAACAAAUCUGUUACGUUCCGAAUAAUAAACAAUAUUAAUGUUAAACAAAUUGUGAUCUACGAACAGAUCAAAUAUAUGACAUCUUAUCUAUAUAAAUUUAAAAACAAAA